CGCCGCUGUGCCCAUCUCUCGCCAAGUCAACCAAGUCAGGCAGCAGCUCUCUGCUGGUCUCGUCCACACUGGACAAAGGAGACACACAACGUCAUCAAGCCUCAUCAUGGCGGCAGACGGCGUCCCUCACCCGGCCACGCUGGACGAUUACUCCCUGUACGGCAACCUGAGUGACGACGAGCUGCUGCAGCUUGCCAUCGAGCGCAGUCUGGCCGACGCCCAUGCUGACUACGCCCGUGACACACCCCAGAGCCCACAGCUUCCUGACCCAAAGGUCAAUAAGACGCGUGACAGCUGCCGAAUUUCACCUGAGCAGAAAACUGCCGCCCAUUACAGCUCGCCAAACCCUCCCAGCGAAAAGCCUCCUGAUGUGAAGACCUUUGAUGGGACUGUCAGUUGUUUCAUGACCGGUUCUGGAAAGAAGAUGUUGGCUUAUCGAAGGUGUGACGGUACCUUGGUCCACAUCGCUCCAGAACUUCAGGAAGAGGAAGAGCCUUUGUUUCAAGCCAUCCGGGUCGGUGAUGUGGACCGAGUGAAAGCUCUGAUCACAUGCUCUGGAAGCAACCUGAUGCUGCCCAACAAACCAGGCUGGAUGGCCAUUCAUCAGGCGGCAUGGUACGGCCAGGAGGCGUGUCUGAAAAUCCUCUUGUCGGCCCAGCGGGGGAUGGUCAACAAACGCACGGAGCGCGGUGAGACGGCGCUGCUGGUGGCCGUUGGCAGGGAGCAUCAUCAAUGUGCUCAAUUUCUGUUGGAGAAUGGAGCUGACCCCGAUAUGGCCAACCAGGAUCACGAGACUCCACUGUAUAAAGCCUGCGAGAGGAACAACCCUGCACUGGUGGCGCUGCUGCUCAAUCAUGGCGCAGCGAUCAACACUCAGUGCUUUCAGGGCUGGACGGCCAUUCAGGAGGCCGCCUGCCGCAACAACGUGGAGAUCUGCGAGAUGCUUCUGAGGGGAGGAGCCAAACACAAUCUGAGUAAUAUUUACGGGAUCACACCUUUGUUCACGGCUGCUCAGAGCGGACAAGUGGACUCGCUGCGCCUCCUGGUCAAGCACGGUGCAGACAUUAACAGUCAAGCUGCCGAUGGAGCGACGGCUCUUUACGAGGCUUCUAAAAACGUACAUGUGGAAAUUGUGAAGUUCCUCCUUUCCCAGAAAGCAGAUGCGAACAAAGCAGGAAAAACGGGACUGCUGCCGCUUCACGUCGCCACACAGAAGGGAAGUGACAGCAUCGUGUCCAUGUUGAUCCCAGCCACCAGCAAGGCGAGAGUCCGCCGCUGCGGUAUCAGUCCGCUUCACGUCGCCGCCGAGUACAAUCGUGACGACGUCUUAGAGACUUUGAUACAGGCCGGUUUUGAUGUCAAUGCCCAGCUGUGUGAACAGCGUUCCAAUCUGUAUGAGGACCGACGGAGCACGCCGCUCUACUUCGCCGUCAUCAACAACAAUAUUGACAACGUUCGCUUACUGCUGGGGUCUGGUGCUGAUCCAAACCUGGAUGUGUUCAGGCCGCUCAUGGUGGCGGCGAGGCAAGGCUGCAUUGAGACAGUCACGCUGCUGGUAGAACAUGGAGCUGAUGUCAACGCCUGCAUCCCCACCCACCCCACCACCUUCCCAGCCAUUUACAUGUUCUCCAUGAAAUAUCUUCCCAUGUUCAAAUACCUGCUAGACAACGGAGGCCAGGCCCUAUCCUGUUUCCACUGUGUGUAUGGGGCCGGACCACACCCACCGCUCCAAACCACCAGGUCCCACAGAGGUCACCUGGACAGCCCUGAGCGAGAGCUGCCAGACAACAGCCUCAGGAGAGGCGUUCAGUUCUGCGAAAUGAUAUCCGCCCCCAGCAUCAGUCGGUGGGCGGGGCCAAUCAUUGAUGUGCUGCUAGACUACGUUGGUCACGUGACCCUCUGCUCUCGACUAAUGGAACACUUGGACAGUUUUGAAGACUGGAACAUCAUUAAGGAGAAAGCAGCCGUGCCGCGGCCGCUGAUGCAGCUGUGUCGUAUGCAGAUCGUACAGCUGGUUGGACGGCGACGGCUAAAGAGGUUACCGCUUCCUGGAGGCCUGAUCCGUUUCCUGCGACACCAGGAAGGUUAUGUGGACGUCUGA